CAACAGUUAAAUAUCUAGAUUAGAUCUUAGGCUAAUAUAAGAAAAGAAAGGAAAUUGUAUGGUUUGACUACUUAACCUUUUGAAGAAAAACAAUAAUAUGGGGUUCACGUUUUUUACUGUACAAUAAUUUCAUUUGCUCCACUAAUGGGUUGAUACGCAUGUGACAAUGAAUUCACCAUUAUUGACUUAAUGGGGAUACUUUGAGAAUUACAUGAAUAUUACUUGAUUUUUUAAUAUGUGGUGUACUUUUUUUUUUUUAUACUACUUGUUUUUUUAAUAUGGGAUUCACUUUUUUUUUUUAUAUUCCUUGAUUUUUUUAAUAUGGGAUCCAUUUUUAUUUGUAGGUGAUGGGGUCCACUUUUUUUUUUUUUGGUAGGAGGUGGACGAUGAAACCGCCCCAACUCAUGCUUCUAAUAUAGGGUAUGCAUGUAUGUAUGUAUAAAUUUUUACAAAAUAAUUGGGGCCCAAAUUUACCAAUUGAUUGACAAAUUAAUCCACGCUGCCGAUAAAUAUAGAACCCACGUUAGAGUUUCUCUCCACCAACUCCACCAACUAAAUAAAGAAUAAAGAAUAAAGAAUACGUAACUUAACAAUAUCUCAUGGCUGCUGCUCCUCAACAACCAACUUCAUCUGAAACAAUAUCCACCAACUCGUCAUCGGAAAACAACGUUACGAUCAACGAAAUGAUAUACACAAGAGUCCGUCUCGCUGAGAAAGCUGACGUUCACCAUAUAUAUCAACUGUUUUACCAAAUCCAUGCAUACCAUAACGACACUCAUCUCUAUAAAGCUACUGAAUCCUCCUUAGCGGACUUGCUCUUUAAAGAAAACCCUCUUCCCCUGUACUACAGGCCAACCAUACUUCUACUCGAAGUCUCACCGACACCUUUUACUGAAUCCAAGCAUACCACGGACCAAGGGUUCAAGCCCGUCCUUACAAAGUUCGACCUUAAAUUCCCCGUCGUUGAAGGACAGGCGGAGGAAUUCAGGUCCAAAUAUGAUGACGGCAACGAUAAACAUGAUGUUUUUAUAGCGGGAUAUGCUUUCUUUUACGUGAAUUAUUCGUGCUUCUAUGAUAAACCUGGGUUCUUUUUCGAGAGUCUUUACUUCAGGGAGAGUUAUCGUAAGUUGGGAAUGGGAAGACUGUUGUUUGGAACUGUUGUGUCCAUUGCUGCUAACAACGGGUUCGUUUCGGUGGAGGGAAUAGUUGCAGUUUGGAAUAAGAAGUCAUAUGAUUUUUACGUAGACAUGGGAGUUGAAAUGCUUGAUGAGUUCAGGUAUGGGAAGUUGCACGGUGAAGCGCUCCAAAAGUAUGCUGAUAAGGAGAAAAGUGAUGAAGGGAGCUGUUAGUUUUUUUUCUUUUUUUAAUUCUUCUAUUAUUACCUUAAGUUCCUAUCAAUUUCUUCUUAUUUACUUCUGUAAAAGUAGAGUGUUCAGUCAUCAGUGUGUAUUGUAUUUGUAUACGGUGAAAACCGGGUCGA